AUGUCGAGUGUCAGGAACGUUUCGGUCGCCCUACGGAGGGCUCGACUGCCCAGACCCCGCUGUUUCGUCCAGCCCAUCGUCUCUCGUGCUCCCUCUCGCAUCGCCACCCGCUCAUUUAGCGUCACCGCCUCCGUGAAUGCGACUAAGGAGAUCAAGUACACCAGCGACGCCUAUCCUAACCUCAAGCGUGACCCUAAAUUUGCUGAGAUUACGGCCGAGGAUGUAUCUUUUUUCAAGGAGCUUCUGGGCUCUCAGUCGGCCGUGAUCGAUGGUGUGACGACCGAUGCUGUCGAUGAUAUCGAACCGUUCAACAGCGACUGGAUGCGCAAGUACCGCGGCCACACAAGACUGGUGCUGAAGCCUCAGAACAAGGAGGAGAAAUUGGCAGUGGUUCCCCAGGGUGGCAACACGGGAUUGGUGGGAGGUUCCGUGCCCGUGUUCGAUGAGAUUGUCAUCAACACAUCGCGCAUGAACAAGAUCCGCUCCUUCGACGAGGGCUCGGGUGUUUUGGUUGCUGAUGCGGGUGUGAUCUUGGAGGUGGCAGAUCAGUACCUAGCGGAGCGGGACCAUCUGUUCCCUCUGGAUCUGGGUGCUAAGGGUUCUUGCCAUAUUGGAGGUAAUGCUGCUACGAACGCUGGUGGACUGCGUCUGCUUCGGUACGGUAGUCUUCAUGGCAACAUUCUCGGUGUUGAGGCGGUGUUGGCGGAUGGUACUAUCGUCAAUUCUCUCUCGACUCUGCGUAAGAACAAUACCGGUUAUGACCUCAAGCAGCUGUUCAUUGGCGCGGAGGGUACGAUUGGUAUCAUCACUGGACUUUCCAUCCUGUGUCCCCCCCGUCCCAAGGCGGUUAACGUGGCUUACUUUGGUGUUGAGAGCUACGAGAAAGUGCGUCAGGCGCACCAGGAGGCCAAGUCUUAUCUCUCUGAGAUUCUCUCCGCUUUCGAGCUCAUGGACGGCCGUACCCAAAAGCUUGUCCACGAGUCCACUGGCAACAAGAAUCCUCUGGAUGGUGAAUACCCCUUCUACUGUGUAGUAGAGACUAGCGGAUCGAAUGGUGAGCACGAUAUGGCUAAGCUCGAGGGCUUCUUGGAACACAUCAUGGGCGAGGGUAUCGUCGCCGAUGGUGUCUUGGCGCAGGAUGAAACCCAGUUCCAGGGUAUCUGGCGCUGGAGAGAAGGUAUCACCGAGGCCCUGAGCCACCUGGGUGGCACUUACAAGUACGACGUCUCGAUUCCUCUUCCUGAGCUGUACCAGCUCGUGGAUGAUUGCCGUGAACGUUUGACCAAGCUUGGAUUCGUUGGAGACGAUGACUCCUUCCCUGUCCGCGCUGUUGUUGGAUAUGGUCACAUGGGUGAUUCGAACCUGCACUUGAACAUUUCGGUGCGGGAGUACAACAAGGAGGUCGAGAAGGCCAUUGAGCCCUGGGUGUACGAGUGGAUCCAGAAGCGCAACGGUAGUAUCAGUGCUGAGCACGGACUUGGCGUUGCAAAGAAGGAAUUCAUUGGUUACAGCCAAGACGAGACCAUGGUGAAGCUGAUGAAGCAGUUGAAGGAUUUGUACGAUCCGAACGCCGACAAAUCCGGAAACAUGGCGGACGAUAUGGCGAGCCAGUACCAAAUGAUGGAGGAGUUGGGCAGUGGCAGCUUUGGAAUCGUUUACAAGGCCAUUGAAAAGUCGACUGGAGAGAUUGUUGCGAUCAAACACAUCGAUCUCGAGUCGAGCGAAGAUGAUAUCCAGGAAAUUCAGCAGGAGAUCUCCGUCCUGGCGACGUGUGCGAGUCCCUUCGUGACUCAGUACAAGGCUAGUUUUCUCCGAGGACAUAAACUGUGGAUUGUGAUGGAAUAUCUGGGUGGAGGUUCUUGUCUUGACCUGCAGCUGUUACAGGGCUUGGAUUACUUACAUAGCGAAGGAAAGAUUCACCGCGAUAUCAAAGCUGCGAAUGUGCUUCUCUCACAUACCGGCAAAGUCAAAUUGGCGGAUUUUGGCGUGGCAGCACAGCUGAUCAAUAUCAAAUCGCAACGUAACACGUUCGUCGGAACCCCGUUUUGGAUGGCGCCAGAGGUGAUUCAGCAGUCUGGAUACGAUUACAAGGCAGACAUUUGGUCCCUAGGAAUUACGGCUAUUGAGAUGAUUAACGGCGAGCCGCCACAUGCCAGCACACAUCCAAUGAAAGUCCUCUUUCUGAUCCCGAAGGAGCCGGCUCCCCGACUGGAAGGCGACCAAUAUAGCAACACAUUCAAGGACUUUAUUGCCCAAUGUCUCACGAAGGAUCCGGAGCGCCGACCAAGCGCGAAAGAGCUUUUACGACACAAAUUCAUCCGGAAUGCGGGGAAGACCGAAGCGCUGCAAGAGCUGAUUCACCGGAAACAGGAUUGGGAUGCUGGCAGGGGAGUGACGCGGAAUGUCAAGUACUAUGCUGAGUCUUUGAAUACCAUUACGCACUUGAAGGAUGACGACGGCUGGGUCUUCGACACAGUCAAAGCGCCCACCAUGAAGAUUUCAGAGGAUCCAUACGUGGACGAAAAUGACCCAGACUCCCAAGAUUUCCUGUACGAUGAAACAUCGGAAAUGAUGAAUGACAUGCACAUCUCCAGCCCUCCGCUCCCGCCUAAGCACGCUCCGAAUAGCGCUCCGAAUAGUGCGGUGAACACCGCCGUGAGACGAGCCCCGGCCCCGGAGCGCAGCCCUUCCACGCGGCGAAGCUAUAGGAAGCGGCGCUCCAGUGGAAUUAAGCAGCCCCUGGGCGUUGACUUGACUUUUGGCAACAGUCCAUCGACCGUCCGGCAGUUCCGUCGGGUAUCUGAUAAGAUCCCAUCCGAGAAUUCGUAUAGCUCCCAAUACUCCUUUGGACCCGACGAGAACAGUAGCCCAAAAACACUGUUCUCCGAGCCGAACAGCAAGGAAGCGCAACUCGGACGACGGGCAUACAGCAAAGCUGUUGGCUUGUCCUGUCAGGAGGUUCUUGGGACCACUGGGGACCAGGAAAAGCGAGAGGCGAUUUCUCGACUGGCAGAGGCCUGGAGUGAUCUUGAAAUGGUUGACCCCGAGGGAUUGUACCACAUUCUUAAGAUAAUGAACGAAAAACUUCAAGGUGAUCCAAAGCUGUCAAGUCUUGUCCCACAGGCAGCUCCACCACCCGAAUCCCCACAGAGACCACGCCUAGUUUUGGCACAAAACAACCCGCACCUAAAAAGCCAUCGACGGCGGCAAUCCACGGCAGUGGCUGAGCCCAGCUUGCAACCGGCGCAAUUAGCCAACCUUCCGGGUCAACAAGUCCCCGGUAUGGAGCACACCAAGCAGUUGUCGGAUGUGCUCUACCAGCGGUGGUCCGAAGGGCUGCGCAAUCGCUGGCCCGGGAUGUAA